GGUAUUAUAGACUGUCUCUAUCUUAUAGUGCAUAUCAGACAAGGCCAGUGUAAGCUUGUGAUGGUGACACUGCAUCCAUUGUGCAAAAAUGGCAGAGGGAGACAAUGUUGAAGACCCAGAUAUUGUGUAUGCUCAGCAUUUUAUUGAAUGUGAGCUUUGCUCCAAUAUAGUGAGUCUUCAUUGUACUGUUUGUAAAGUCAGUCUCUGUGGUGAGUGUAUAGGUGCUCAUGUAAAUGCUAAGCCCACACAGGAACACAACAUUGUAUCUUUUAAGCUGAGGGCAUCCAUACCAAUUCUUCCACCAUGUACUAGUCAUAAAAAUGAGAAAUGCAAUUUGCUUUGCACUAAAUGUCAAAUUCCAGUUUGUGUGAACUGCAUAACACUUCAACACAAAGCUCACCCUGCUAUAAAACUGGAAGAUAAAUGCAAGCAAAAAAGCCUUGAAAUAGAAAUGGAAAGUGAAUCUUUGGAAAAUAAUGUUUGUAAGAAUCUGGAGGACACAAUUGCUAAAAUGCAAAAAGAACUGGAUGAAGUUCAUGUAAAAUAUGAAAAAAUGCAAACGGCAGUCACUGACCAUGGAAGAAAAUGGCACAAUGAAGUGGACAGGACAGUGCAAAAGUUCUCUGAAGAAAUAAAGAGUAUGGAAAAUCGAGACAUUACACUCUUAGAGAAACAAAUAGAAGAAAGCAAAGCCCUUCUUAGGGCACUCCGUGUCCACUGUAAAGAAGUAAAGAAGUUUGCGAAUUCUCUUGAUUUAAAAGAUAUUCUUGAUUAUCAGUUAAGAAAGGAAACAUCACAUCGUUUCAACUUUUCUUUAACUAUGCCCUCAUUUACCCCCACAAAAAUCAAAGAGAAUAAAAUGUUUGAAACUUUUGGCAAUCUUUUUUCCCAAAUACCACUACAGGUAAAAUCAUUUGCUUCAAAACAGGAAACUAUACGCAAAUUAUGCAGUAGAUCAACGGUCUGCAAGUCUGUGGAAACCAGUGUUGAUAACAUUUGCAAUCUUGUGUGCGUCAAUGACAAUACUGUCUGGCUGAAUGGUGAAAGCAAUACAAUGAUAUGCUUUAAGGAUACUGGUGUUGAAAUUGAAAGACAUAUAGCAAAGUUGGGAAUCAAACCUACCAACUUGGCCAUUACCAGACAAGGAGAUUUGAUUUAUGCCAUCUAUGAUUCAUGGCAUAGCUGUGUUUACAUAAUUACCAAUGGUAAAACCAAAGAAUUGAUCACGUUUGUGGACUGGAAACCGAUCGGAGUUUGUUGCACAGCAGACGAUAAAUUCCUUGUCUCCAUGGAAAGCAAGGAUGAAACUCAGGUCAAAAUUGCUCGCUUCUCAGGCUCGGAAAUAAUACAAGAAAUUCAGUAUGAUGACCAUCAUCAACCUCUCUAUGAGGCUGGAAAAUAUUACAUUCUGGUGGAAGAAAACAAAAACCUUGAUGUCUGUGCAUCAGAUCCAAACAAAAAUGAAGUGGUUGUCACCAACAAAAAUGGAGCUUUUCGAUGGAGGUACAAAGGAAAUCUGCAGACUGGAAAGUUUGAGUCCUUUUCUCCGAGUUUCAUAUGCUCAGAUAGCCAUAGCCAACUUUUAGUCAUGGACACAGAUAAUGAAUGUGUUCAUUUGCUAGAUAUGGAUGGAGUUUUCAUAACAUACAUUACACAUCCAAACAUCCACGGUAUUGGUGCCAUGAGUUUGGACAGAAGUGGAAGAUUAUGGAUAGCCAAUUACAAAGGGGGGCAGAUUAAUGUUUUCAAAUAUCUGCAAUAGUUAACAAUCACUAUAAUUUUUCAGCUAGAUCAGAGAUAAUAGUAAAUGGUUCCAUUUGUAUUCAUAUUCUUUAGUACAGUAAAACUUGGUUAUAACAAGUCACUGGGACCUGUGAAAUUACUUCACUAUAUCCGUAAUUCGUUAUAUCCGUGUAAGGAAUUCGUUAAAUUUUAUAUAGCUGGGCAUCGUGAAUUCGCAAUAUCUGUGUUCGUACUAAAUGAGUUUUACUGUAUCAUGAUACUUGCAUCAGAAGAAACUUCAGAGACAUUACAUUGGGACAGAACACCUCCCUCCCACCCCUUUCCAACAAAAUACACACAAUUUCCACAAAUGUACAACAGGCUAUGUUUGAUUUUGUUGAUUGGAAUUACUGAAAAAAAAUGAAAUUUUCAAUUAUUUACUAGCAAUGUACAAAGGAUUACCUAUAAUAGCAGAAUUGGUCAUCUGGGUGUAUUCUUAUUAAAAUGAAUUUAAUAAAGUGUACUGUCACAGGGUAUGAUAUACCUGUCAAAUAUUGUUCAAUUAUCAUAAACAGUUUAAAAUGCAGGGCAGAAAAUCAUGUCAACCUUGAUACAAAGACUUCAAUGAAUUUUCCAUUCCUAAUGUUUGAUGUGCAUCUCCUGUGUAGGUAUUAAUUAGAACAAAUAAUACAUCAUACAUACAGUCAAACUUCGUUAUCUCGAACUAAAUGGGACCGAGAAAAAACUUAGAGAUAUCCGAGUAUUCAACAUAUCCAGGGUAAAAAUAAGGGGUUGGGACAUCCAAAUCACUUCAACAUAUCCAUGGUAAUUGAGAUAUCAGUUUUCGAGAAGUUCAACUGUAUUUCUUAACUGGUUGUGUUAAGAGUUUUACAAAUACCCAUCUGCAGUUUUGUUCAUUGUAUUUUUUUAUGAAUGAUUAUUAUAAUAAUGCUACAGCCUAAUAAAACAUCAAAACACUAA